ACUACAUUCACCACUCCUCUCCCCACACCACUUGCCGCCGGCCUCCGCCGUGAUGAAGAGAUGCCGGCAGCCAAAAUCCGUACAAAAUGAGACGGUCGAUGUUACUGACAUAGAAGAUAUUGGUUUCAGCGGAAAAGAAAUUCAAGAAAUUAGGGCUUCUCUGCUACAAUGGUACGACGAGAACCGAAGGGAUUUACCAUGGAGAAGAAUCAGCAGCACUGGAAAUGAAGUCGGCAUUGAACAGAGAGAACGGAGAGCCUACGCUGUGUGGGUAUCCGAGGUGAUGCUUCAGCAAACCAAGGUUCAGACUGUCAUUGGCUACUUCAAUCGAUGGAUGGAGAAAUGGCCUACAAUCCAUCAUCUUGCUCAGGCGACUAUCGAGGAGGUGAAUGAGAUGUGGGCGGGUUUGGGCUAUUAUAGGCGCGCCCGGUUUUUGCUUGAGGGAGCUCAAAUGAUUGUUGAAAGUGGAGGUGAGUUCCCAAACACAGCAUCUUCUCUUCAGAUGGUCAGAGGGAUCGGAAAUUACACUGCAGGAGCAAUUGCAUCUAUUGCCUUUGAGGAGGCAGUGCCAGUGGUCGAUGGAAAUGUUGUUAGAGUAAUUACCAGAUUGAAGGCCAUAUCAGCCAAUCCAAAAGACUCAAAGACAGUCAAGGAUAUAUGGGAACUGGCGAGGAAGUUAGUUGAUCCGUUGAGGCCUGGGGAUUUCAACCAGGCUGUCAUGGAACUUGGUGCAACGAUAUGCAGUCCAACAUCUCCAAGCUGCUCGAAAUGUCCUAUAUCCCUUCAGUGCCAAGCGCUAUCUCUCUCCACGAACCAAGAAUCAGUUAAAGUUACAGACUAUCCAACCAAGGUUCGAAAGGCCAAACAAAGACAUGAUUUCUCAGCUGUCAGUGUUGUGGAGAUAGUCGAGGAGGGAUCCGACAGCAAAUAUCUUUUAGUGAAGAGACCAGAGGAGGGGUUGCUGGCUGGACUGUGGGAAUUCCCAUCAGUGCUAUUAGAGGGAGAAGCUGGUGUAACCUCACGGAGAAAAGCGAUUGACAGUUUUUUGAAACAGUCAUUUGGUUUAGACAUGAGAAAGUCCUGCAAAGUAGUGUUAAGAGAAGAAGUUGGGGUGUACGUCCAUAUAUUCUCGCACAUUCGUCUCAAGAUGUACAUAGAGUUGCUGACUUUGCGCAUGACAGAAGGUAUGCAGGAAAAGCAAGAAGAAACCACAACUAUUAAAUGGAAAUAUGUUGAUGAAAAGGCACUUUCAACUUUGGGGCUGACUUCUGGUGUAAGAAAGGCUUACACCAUGAUCCAGAAAUUCAAGCAGGGUUCAUCUAUACCUGCAACUGCAAGAAACAGAAGAGACAAAAAAUCAUCAACCAAAGCUCCUAGCCGUUUACGGUGAAUUCAUAACUUUUUGUCAAAAGCAGUAACCAUACCAUCACUUUUGGAGGAAGAUGUAAAAUGUAGGUAACAUCAGUCACAGAGGUCAGAUUCAAAGUUUGAACUUAGUUUCUCGACAGGAGAUUAGCAUAGCUGCAUGUCUCAUAGACUCCCUUUGUUCCUUGUUAAUGGAGUCAUUUUUCUAUUUCGGGAAGUUCCAAGAUAAUUGAGGCAAAAAUAGUUUCACUUUAUUCUCUCUUCAUCUCUCUUACUUUAUUCACUAUCCACACAACAUACUAUUCUUAAUAUCCAUGCCGAAAAGUAGUGUCUCAAUUAACAAGGAAUGAAGUGAGUAUAAGAUUUUGGAGUUUUGCUACCAGUUUCUGUGUCUGUCUCAUGACAACAGGAGUUUAGCACUCCCUCAGUCCGCAAAUAGGAGUUCCGUUUUUCCAUUUCGGUCCGUCCGCCAAUAGGAGUCCCGAUUUACUUUUAUUAUAAAAUAUAUAUAGGCCUCACAUUCCUCUCACAUUUCAUUUAAAACUAAUAUAUAUAAAUGAGACUCAUAUUUUAUUAACUUUUUAUCACUCAUUUUUUCUUAACCUUUCCUAAAACCCGAGUCGAAAAGAAAUGAGACUCCUAUUUGCGGACGGAGGGAGUACUAUAUUUUUGCAAUUUUCCCCCUCCGGAACCAAUUGUUUAUCAUAUGCUUCAUGUAGACGGUGGAUCUGUAACUCUGUUAUCAAAAGUAAUCGUAUUUAGAUCAAAUUAUUUAUCCAGACCUCGUUGCUUGGUACCAGUUUGUUCUUCACAAAUUGUUUCUAUCCGUACAUAUACUUAGGUGGUGUUCG